AUGCACCUGCAGCAAGGGUCCCUCCUGAACAUGACCGACGGCGGCUUCUCCCUGACUGGGCACUUGGUGAGGAGCCCCAGCGGAGGAGGGAACCCGUCUAGGCUCCACAGCAUCGAAGCGAUCCUGGGAUUUACCAAAGAAGACCCCCUUUUGGGUGCCUUCCAACCCCACGAUGCCAGUGGCGGAGGCAGACCCUUGAAGGAGCCAGAGAAGCGCAGCCCCAGGGAUUGCUUCGCCAAAAUGCCAGCCGAGCAGCCUGGGCAGGGCCAGGAAGGGCCCGCGGAAGAACACUUCGGAGACCACUACUGCUCCAAACGCUCAGAGGAGUGCUUGAGUCCAGAGCUGGCCACUUGCAACAACAGCGACGGCAAACUGUCUGACGAAGACCAGCCCAAAAAGAAGCACCGGAGGAACCGGACAACCUUCACCACCUACCAGCUGCACGAACUUGAGCGAGCCUUCGAGAAAUCCCACUAUCCUGAUGUCUAUAGCCGAGAGGAGCUGGCUAUGAAGGUCAACCUACCUGAAGUGAGAGUCCAGGUUUGGUUUCAGAACCGGAGAGCCAAGUGGAGGCGUCAAGAGAAGCUGGAGGUGACAUCCAUGAAGUUGCAGGAUUCCCCCAUCCUCUCCUUCAACCGCUCACCUCAGCCCUCUGCCAUUGGGACCAUCGGCAGCAACUUGCCCCUGGACUCAUGGCUGAACCCGCCCAUGGCCAACACCAGCCCCCUGCAGACUUUGCCAGGAUUCGUGGCUUCCCCACAGAGCCUCCCCAGCAGCUACACCCCUCCCCCUUUCCUAAACUCUCCCCCCAUGGGACACACCUUGCAACCCCUAGGAGCCAUGGGGCCUCCACCGCCUUACCAGUGCGGGACAAACUUUGUGGACAAAUUCCCGCUGGAAGAGGUGGACCCCCGCAACACCAGCAUUGCUGCGCUGCGGAUGAAGGCGAAGGAGCACAUCCAGUCCAUGGGGAAACCAUGGCAGACAAUAUGA